GCAAGGUUGGAGGCACGUCAUGCGCAUCUGAUGCGCAUUUUGCGCAUUCGCCAUGGCAGAUGAACGCUUGUCAGAGCAGUUGCUGACGGCCUGCACCAAAGGCCUGGCAGGUUUGGUGCCUUUGUUGUUGAAGAAAGGUGCCUCAGUGAAUUGGACACGAUCUGAUGGCUGGACGCCCUUAAUGUCUGCUUGCAGCGGGGGUCAUCUCACAGUGGCGCAGCUACUCUUAGAUGCUGGUGCAUGUGUGGAUGCUGCAGCAGCCGAUGGCUUUACGGCUUUGAUGGAGGCCUGUACUGCAGGGCAUCUGGAGCUGGUAGGCUUGCUCUUGAUCCAUGGUGCCAACAUUUCUCAUGCGACUCCCAGUGGACGCACGGCAGUGAUUUUGGCCAGUCUCUAUGGGCACACCGAGGUGGUUGAGCUUCUGUUGCAGCACCAUGCUGACCCUCGACCCAACAAGUUCACGGCAUUGCAUGCCGCAUCAGGGAAUGGGCAGGCAGGGGUGGUGCAGCUUCUGCUGCGAGAAGUUCCCUUGAUGGCCGAUUCCGAAGAAGCCUCAGGAUCUUUCAUCUCAGCUUGUGCCAAUGGACAUCUUGAGGCAGCACAACUUCUGCUGGAACAUGGUGUUUCUCCUUGUGUCGCCAGUGCCGAUGGCACCACUGCAUUGAUGAAGGCUUGUAUGGGAAGCCACCGGGAUGUGGCCGCUGAGCUCAUCUUGUACGGUGCCAGCGUGGAAGAUGCCUUGAACACCGCCCGGCGCAGCAAGAUGCCCGGCGUCACCCGGGUCCUGCACCGCGCCGUGGAGGAGGCGAUGGCCCGCCGGAAAGAGGAGGAUUGCCGAGGCUUAGAUGAUUUAGUGCAAAGCAUUGAGGGCAAAAAGAAGGGCAAGAAGCUUCAGAGCAGCAAGUCUUCGCACUUCUCGUCACGUACUCGCUCCCACUUCUCGGCGGCCUCCACGUCCACGGCCCUCGCCUUCUCGGAGGGCGCCACGGAGACCUCUCCGGGCCGCCCGGAGCAUGCGGAACAGACGGAUGAUGAGCAUGAAGAAGGCUUCGUGGCCAAUCCCAAGUGCCCCUUCAGCGGCGCCUCCUGGUUCAAAGCUCUUGCCAGUGAGGAUGAGGGAGUCGACCCCUUCAGUCCGGACGGCGGUCGCGAGGACGCGGACGCGGUGGAGCGGGUGGACGGGGCGAUCGAAGAGGACCACGGCACUGUGCCUUGGCAGAGGGUCUUGGAGGAGACCUCUGGCUACUUUCCGGAGUCCACCUCAAGCCGUUUAGAUGGCUAUGGACUUCCCGUUUGUCGGCAGAUGCCCAUCUAUGGCACUGCAUGCUAUACGAUUGAAGUGCUCAUGGAGGAGCCCCCAUCACCGAUUUGAGAGGACCCCAAAUGAGCGUGCAAUUUGUGCAGCCAACAGAGCUGUGCAGAGCUGUGCUGAUGGAACAGGACAGGAUUCGAUGGCAGUUGCGUCAAUGUUUCACCCUUCUCUCCGUGGCAAUGGCCUCUCUGAGUGCUUCAGCCUAGCCCAUUUUUGGGGGCUGACGUUGGUCGGGGCAGAAGCAGCACAACGCACGGAGAUCAGCACUAAGCUUGAGCUGCACCCAGUGGUGUGUGCUAUCAAUAGCACCGUUGGCCGGUGGCCUUUAGUCUCACGCUUUUCACUGUAAUGACC